CGUACAGAUCUGGCCGCUCCUGUGCCUGGUUCUCUGACCCUGAAGCUGUUGCCAGCGUGUGGAGCCCGCCCCACACCCGCCCCCUUCCGAAUCACGGCCUUUACCUGCGUCUUCCAGUGUUUCCCUUGCGACCCCUCCUGUGGGAGCGCCUCGUGGGCCACCCCCGAGUUCACGCAGCAUUCGGUGGCUCCAAUGGUGAAGAUGACCCGGUCCAAGACGUUCCAGGCCUACUUGCCUUCCUGCCACAGAACCUACAGCUGCAUCCAUUGCAGAGCACACCUGGCAAACCACGAUGAACUCAUUUCCAAGUCUUUCCAAGGAAGCCAAGGGCGGGCGUACCUCUUCAAUUCAGUAGUUAAUGUGGGUUGCGGCCCUGCAGAGGAACGGGUUCUGCUAACAGGUCUACAUGCGGUCGCCGACAUUUACUGUGAAAACUGCAAAACCACGUUGGGCUGGAAAUACGAACAUGCGUUUGAAAGCAGUCAAAAGUAUAAAGAAGGCAAAUACAUCAUUGAAUUAGCUCACAUGAUCAAGGAUAACGGCUGGGAUUGAACCAAGAGAAGAAGCAUGCCUGUAACUCGAGAGAGAAUGCCAUCCAACCGAACAUUUAUCUCCAAGACUGAGAAGAGUGACUGUGUGAAAAAACGCUUGGUUCCAUGCAUUUGGGGCGGUUUGGGGGCUGCCUCACCCCUCGCACCCCGCCUCCACCCUUAACCAGUGGCCAGCCUUGAAACUUCUGUCUCUUUGCUUUGUAUCUCUUUGUGAGUUGAACUGAUUCCCUUCCCCCUCUCUUUCUUUGCCCAUUCUGGCAUUGGUGUGUCUUUUUUAAUUUCCCCCCCUUUUUUUUAAAGGAACAAAUCCAGUGCUCAUAACCAUUUCACAACCGAAGUCUUGGCACAAACUGAAGGUGGGCUUUGGGGGUUGUGUGUGUGUGGGGGGGUGUUUUUGUCCAAGGGUCUCAUCCUGUGGGUAGGAGACGAGGCAGGUUGAUGGUGAAGCAGGGCCCCAGUUGCCCUUUCUGUUUUCAGCUUAAACCUUGGUCGACCAUGACUUGAAAUGUGCGGACUGUCAAAAUAUACCUCAUGGCUGUUUUCUCUCUGCAUCUCUAAACUGCUGCUCCAAAAAUUCAGCCAACAGAAAUGCACCGUAUGUAGCCCUAGAUCUCCCUGCUAGACGCAUCCCUCUGAAUUCAUUUGGGAUUUUCCCCCCUUUGUACUAACAGUCUUGAGAGGGAAGGCUUAUGGCCUCUGUGGAUCUCACGGCUCUGCUCUGUUGUAUCCUCAUCCUUGUUUCCCAGUGGAGGGGCCUGUAGGAUGCUGGUCUUGCGAAUCCACACUGCUGGUCACGCCCAGUUGCCGUGUCUGGAGAUGCAAACCCAUUCUGCGUACCGGGAGAGGUUGGUGUUGAAACACCCAAGGGAGUUGCAAAGUCUCUGUCGAAGCAAAAU